AUCGACUGACUCAGAACCUGACGGCAGCCAUGACACUUGUCCUCAGCAUCCUUGUGUGCGCCUCGCUUCUGCCAGCUUUGACUGCGAAAGGUACCGUUUACACACGUUGGGGAAGCAGUGGGUGUGGUUCUACAGCAGCGACGGUGUUUUCAGGUUAUGUGGCCGGCAGUUGGUACAGCUCACCCGGAUCUGGAGCCAACUACCUGUGUCUGCCACCCGAUCCCGUGGCCAGUACCAUAGCGAAACCUGCCCACUGGGCCAACCUGUACGGCGCAGAGUACGAAGUGUGGCCACGUGCAGAGCACAACCAUGAUGCGCUGUGUGCCGUGUGCUUCGUGAAAACUCGCUCAGUCAACAUCAUGGUACCCGGCACAAACAGGUGUCCGUGUGGGUGGACCUCCGAGUACACGGGUUUACUCAUGAGCGGGCUUGACACACACUACGGGUCAACGGAGUUCAUCUGUGUGGACAGCAAACUGGAAGGCCGCAUCGGCUCAGGCGCUAACCUAGAGGGCAGGCUGCUGUACCACGUGAUUGGCUACUGUGGCAGUCUGCCCUGUCCUCCUUACGUGAACAACAACAUCGUGCAAUGCGUUGUUUGCUCCAAGUGAGAGUCCAUCGUUCUGUCUGAGCAAUCCAAGAACAAGGUCUCUACACUGUUAUUCUCCGAGGUGAUCCGAUCCGAUCAGAGAUUCAUAUUAACUUUCUUUACUUUGACUUUUUCUUUUCUCUGUGAGGUUAGGUAAAAAUACAGUUGUGAGAAAAUUGUCAAGUUUUUCUGCAUUAUAAAACAAAGGACAGGUCUUGUAAUGUUUAUUGGUUUCUAUAGAAGUUUUAGCCUGCUGCCAUGUUUCAACAUGUGCUUCUUCCAGUAAAGGUUGUGGAAAUUCACUUUCUCCUACUUUCUACAAAUAAAACCUUUUAUUCGCA